GAAUGGGAUAUACUGUGUCGAAAUUUUCAAACCAAAGACGGCGGACUGCUACUUAAUUCGUUCAUUGCACUUCAUCAGGUUGAAGCAGAUCAUGAUCGAUCAAUGGAAGAUACCUGGAUAUCGUUACUUUCGAUCGGUUACAAUGAUCGGCUCGACCUUGUUCACGUGAGCAUCCAUAAUCUGCUAACUUUAAUGAUCCGUACGGAUGCUAUUUUCCAGUCAGUGAGGUCUCAUCGUUCUCGAGAAAGGGAACAUUUGGGACAAGAUCUCGAAAGUUAUGCUACUUGUAGUCAACGAUGGGGUAUCUUACCAAAAACACUAGGGGACGGUCGCUACUUCGCUAACGAAAUCCUAUUUCCAAAUGAGUGUGGACUGGAAAGGAAUCGAAUUCUCAAUCGCUACGUGAAGUUGCUACGUGCAAGCCAUUGCGCUACUGUCCCUUAUGCUAAACUAAACGCAUAUUUUAAAGACGGUUCAAAGGCAAAUCAAGAGUAG